AUGGCCUGCGACUCUGACUCAUGCUCCGACUUCUCGGACGAUGACAUCAUCGCCAACAGCAAGUUUUCUGAAUCACCUGAGGCUGAGCUCAUGCCCAAAGAUCCUGGAGACAUUUACUUCUCUUGGAGAACUUUUCUGGCCUACGUUGGACCAGGCUGGCUCAUGAGCCUGGCUUACUUGGAUCCUGGAAAUCUGGAAAGUGACCUGCAAAGUGGAGCUUUCACCGGUCACAGCCUCCUGUGGGUCUUGCUUCUGUGCACAGUGGCAGGGCUAAUCCUGCAAGUGCUGGCAGCUCGACUGGCUGUGGUGACAGGACGUGACCUGGCGCAGACGUGCCGGCUGGGAUACCCUCGUCCGCUGUCACUGCUGUUGUGGAUCAUGACGGAGCUCGCCAUUAUUGGGGCAGACAUACAGGAGGUGGUGGGGACUGGCAUCGCGUUGAGGGUGCUCUUUGGAUGGCCUCUUUGGGUCGGAUCUCUGGCCACCGGCUUGGACACUUUUACUUUCCUUCUCAUCCACUACCUGGGGAAGCGCUUCCUUGAGGUUUUCAUUCUGGCGCUUAUCGCCCUGCUGCUGGUGUGCUACAUUGUGAACUUUUUGUUUAUGCCACCAUCUGCAGAACAGUUCUUCCACGGAUUCCUCUUCAGCUGCAGCGACUACGCCGUGCUGCAGUUGGUUGGAACAGUGGGCGCUGUGAUCAUGCCACACAACUUGUAUCUACAUAGUGGACUCUGCAAGCAGCGCACAGCUGACAGGAUGGACGUGGAGCAUGUCCGUCAGGCCAAUAAGUACACAGCCGUUGACUCCAGCAUUGCUCUUUCCAUUUCAUUUGUCAUCAACGCGGCCCUGGUGUCUACGUUUGCAACUGGAUUCUUUCACCUCGACUGCGCGCAGGUGGAUGGCGGACCCCUAGCAUGUUUGCCCGGACUCCACCAGGAUGCGAGAUGUGCCGGCGCAGAGUGCGCUUGCAGAACCGGCGCUGGAAGCCCUGGCUUCUGCGGUGAGAUUGGCUUAGCCGAGGCAGGAGACUCCCUGCGCCGGCUCUUUGGUGGGCAUGGGGAGCUUGGCCGGACCAUGUUUGCCCUUGGCCUGCUAGCUGCGGGCCAGGCCUCCACCAUGACGGGCACAAUGGCUGGCCAGUAUGUCAUGGAGGGCUUCCUGGAAUGGCGCAUCCCCAUUUGGCUCCGAACACUCAUUACGCGGCUCCUAUCCCUGGGUCCAGCAGUGGCCGUAGCAGUGCUGACGAGCUCCUCACCAAACCUAAACAAUCGGGUUGACCAGUGGAUCAAUGUGCUGCAGUCAGUCCAGCUGCCCUUCGCACUGCUGCCUGUGCUGCACUUCAACUCUGACAAGACACUUAUGGGAGAGUUUGCGCUUGCUCCGCGGUAUCAGGCACUUUGCUGGUUCUUGGCUGCCGUUGUCGUCUCAGUAAAUGUCUACCUUGUGGCGCAGUUUAUGCAGGGGGGUAGCAUGUUUGUGCAGAUCGUCACCAUCCUUUUCUUCAUAAUUUAUGCAGCUCUGAUACUGUUUACCAUCUCGGCAGACCUGAAGAGAGUCUAUGGGGUGCUGGCACGCUAUAACAUGCCUUCUGACACUGUCAGCUAA